GGAGCUUCCAACUUGUUUUGCACGUCGAGCCAAGCGUAGUCUUGUAGGAAAGUAAUAUCGCUCACAAUGUUCCAAAACGCACUUCGGACAUCUGUAUCUCUUUCGCUCUACAGGAGCACUGUUUCCAGCUGUCUAAGGUCGCAAACGUUCCGUCGAUUUCUAUCUCAGGAGUCUCGCACGAAAAUACAGGCUGCAGUAACCGAAUACCCUGUGGUACUAUUUAUGAAGGGCAACCCAGAGCAGCCUAUGUGCGGUUUUUCACGAGGGGUCGUGAAGAUCCUCAGUGCUUUUGACAUUCCACCUGAAAAGUUCAAGACAUAUAAUGUCCUCGAGGAUCUAGAGCUCAGGACCGGAAUUAAAGAAUUCUCGGAAUGGCCAACCAUCCCACAACUGUAUGUGAACGGGGAAUUUGUAGGUGGGAGCGACAUUGCUCUAAGCAUGUUUCAAUCUGGAGAGUUGGAAACGCUCCUUGAGCAGCAUGGGGUUAUUCCGAAGGCGUCAGAAUCUCCCUCUUAGUGUGCCGCACGGGUAACACCCAGGAUCGGAAAGUUGACACCGUACCCGCAUGAAUAUGCACCCGCCAACACCGUAUAAUCAAAUAAAUAUUACUACUCUUCCUUGCCCUCCUCAUCGUUAACUUCGUUUCGCUCUCGCUUUUGAUUCCUUACAGAUGCUAGAAGGUCCUCCUUCUCCAGAAGAACACCUCUUCCCCAGGCUCUGAGGCUGAGAAAGUCAAGAAUUGUUUA